AUGAGCUUCUUCGGCUCGAUAAAAGGUCGUUUCUCCAAGAAGGGCUCCGAGAAGAGCGCGGCAGCCGAGGCGUCUUCAAGCACACAACCAGCUCAGCCGCCACCCGCAUACACGCCCUUUGAUACACCACCAGCGCCACCCAGGAAGGACACGGGCGUCGGCUUGCGCGCGCAGGACGUCACCAAUGAUGACGACCCCUACGCUUUCCUCGCCCACUUUGACACCAUGUUCCUCAUCGACGACUCGGGCUCAAUGGCCGGUGCGCGCUGGCGAGAAGUCCAGACGGUGCUGAACCAAAUCGUCCCCGUCUGCGCCACGCACGACGAGGACGGCAUCGACAUUGAGUUCCUCAACUCGAGGACCAAAUUCACCAACGUCAAGGACCCGGCCGCCGUCGACGACGUCUUCCGCAAGGUCUUCCCCACCGCCGCCACGCCCACGGGCCGCCGCGUCAGGGAGAUGCUGCACCCGUAUCUGUGCGAGCUGGAGGCGGCCGUGAGCGCCGGCAAGAGGCCGUCUCAGACGGGCAUGAAGCCCAUCAACCUCAUCGUCAUCACCGACGGAGAGCCCAACGACCGCGCCCCCAACUUCCUUCCCGACGUGCUCGAGGACGUCGCCCAGAGGCUCGACAAGAUCCGCGCCCCGCCGCACCAGAUCGGCGUGCAGUUCUUCCAGGUCGGCCGCGACCGCACGGCCGCGAGGGCGCUGCGCGACCUCGACGACAACCUCGGCGGCAAGGUCAAGGGCGGCAAGCUGCGCGACAUUGUCGACACAGCCACCUUUGAUCUCGACGACGGCGAGACCUCUGUCUUGACGUACGAGGCCGUGCUGAAGGUCGUGUUGGGUGCCGUGGUGCGCAAGGUCGAUCAGAAGCACGUUCCUGACCAGAGGCAGUGA